AUGAGUAAAGUUUUUAUGUUUGAUGCUUUAAGAGAAGCAACAAAUGAAGAAAUGGAAAAAGAUGCCUCUGUUUUUGUAUUAGGAGAAGAUGUAGGUCAUUAUGGUGGUUCAUAUAAAGUCACAAAAGAUUUGCAUGCAAAAUAUGGAGAUUUAAGAGUUUUAGAUACUCCUAUUGCAGAAAAUAGUUUUAUGGGUAUGGCAGUAGGAGCAGCUAUUACAGGUCUACGGCCUAUUGUAGAAGGCAUGAAUAUGAGUUUUUUGUUGCUAGCAUUCAAUCAAAUCUCUAAUAAUGCGGGCAUGCUUAGAUAUACAUCCGGUGGUAAUUUUAAAAUACCAAUAGUAAUUCGAGGACCAGGAGGUGUUGGUAAACAAUUAGGCGCUGAACAUUCGCAAAGGCUAGAAGCUUAUUUUCAAGCUAUACCAGGCUUAAAAAUAAUAGCUUGUUCAACUCCUUACAAUGCUAAAGGUUUACUUAAAUCAGCGAUACGUGAUGAUAAUCCUGUAAUUUUAUUUGAACAUGUUUUAUUAUAUAAUCUAAAAGAAGAAUUACCAAAAUUAGAAUAUUUUCUACCUUUAGAUAAAGCUGAAAUAGUUAGAACUGGAAACCAAGUAACAAUAGUAACCUAUUCUCGUAUGCGUCAUCAUGUCAUGGAAGCUGUAGAUACAUUGAUACAAGAAGAUUAUGAUCCAGAAGUAAUAGAUUUAAUUUCUCUUAAACCUAUAGAUAUUGCAUCUAUUCGGAAGUCUUUAAUAAAAACACAUAAGCUAAUGAUAGUAGAAGAAUGUAUGAAAACGGGUGGAAUUGCAGCUGAAAUCAUUGCUCAAGUAAAUGAUAGUUUAUUUGAUUAUUUAGAUGCUCCUGUUGUACGCUUAUCUUCUCAAGAUAUACCUACUCCUUAUAAUGGUACUCUUGAAAAAGCAACCGUAAUACAUCCUCAUCAGAUUAUAGAUUCUGUGAGGAAAUUAGUAGCUAUAUAA